AUGGCGCCGAAUCGCGGCGGAGACGACAUAGAACGUCUGUCAAGGACCACCAAUGAAUAUCCUUCCAGUUCCAUGAUAGAACAUGCACGGCGUCCUUCAGAAGCCUAUGUCAACCUUCAUGCAAACAUUGAAGCCAAAAUCAAGAAUCCUCUCUGGGGUCUUCCACGAGCAAGACUUCUAGCUGAUGUUGAUGACUUCUGUCGAAAAAAGGAACUAGAGCAGUACCGCCCCCUCAUUCGCAAGGGCGCUCUAGUUGCCCAGGACCCUACUGGCUAUGAGGAUAUCGAUGGAGACGAAAAGCUCGACGACACAGAGAUACAAGCUCUCAGAGACGAAAUCCUCCACAAGUGGCGAGUCCCCUUUGUUCUGUACUUGACCGUUGCGACAUGCUCCAUCGGCGCAGCCGUACAAGGAUGGGAUCAAACCGGUUCGAAUGGCGCGAAUUUGGAGUUUCCCUAUGCUUUCAAUAUCGGCAGUGAAAGUAUACACGACAAGCUCCUCGUCGGUCUCGUCAACUCUGCCCCUUACAUCGGAACAGCUCUCUUUGGUUGUUGGCUUUCGGAUCCCCUAAAUUCCCGUUGGGGUCGUCGCGGCACGAUAUUCUUCUCGGCCAACUUUUGUCUCUGGCCUGUCAUUGGAAGCGCUUUCUGUAACACCUGGAGACAGCUUUUUGCGUGUCGCGUAUUACUUGGUAUUGGAAUGGGUACCAAGGCUUCAACAGUCCCCAUCUUUGCCGCGGAAAACUCACCUGCCCCGAUUCGAGGAGCCUUUGUCAUGAGUUGGCAGAUGUGGACGGCUUUCGGUAUCUUUCUAGGAACGUGUGCGAAUGUCGCUGUUACGAAAAUCGGCCAUAACGCAUGGAGAUUCCAGCUAGGAUCGGCGUUCAUCCCAGCUGUCCCCUUGAUGUGCUUGAUUUACUUCUGCCCAGAAUCGCCUCGUUGGUACAUGAAGAAGAACCGUUACCAAGAUGCGAUGAAAUCCCUAUUACGACUACGAAACCACCCGAUCCAGGCCGCGCGCGACUUAUACUACAUCCAUGCGCAACUCGAGGUCGAGCUGGACUUUAUUGGCGAGGCACACUAUGCCAAGCGUUUCAUCGAGCUUUUCACUAUUCCUCGCGUGCGCCGUGCUACUGUGGCCUCAUUCGUCGUCAUGAUUGCCCAACAGAUGUGUGGGAUCAAUAUUAUCGCGUUCUACUCGACAAGUGUGUUCCGAGAUGCAGGUGCUGACGAUAACCAAGCUCUGCUGGCAUCGAUGGGUUUUGGGCUGGUUAACUUUGUCUUUGCCUGGCCUGCAAUAUGGACGAUAGACACCUUUGGUCGACGAUCGCUGCUACUGUUUACCUUUCCUCAGAUGGCAUGGACACUACUUGCAGCAGGUCUAUGUACUUUGAUCCCAGGCACAGGCGGAGCUCAUAUGGCUUUGGUUGCGUUUUUCGUCUAUCUUUUCGCUGCCUUUUACUCACCUGGCGAAGGACCUGUGCCUUUCACCUACUCAGCUGAAGUGUUUCCUCUGUCGCAUCGUGAGGUGGGCAUGUCGUGGGCUGUGGCAACCUGCCUUUUCUGGGCGGCAGUAUUGUCUAUUACUUUCCCACUGAUGUUGGCUAGAUUGCACGCCAUUGGUGCUUUUGGCAUGUAUGCAGGGUUCAACAUCGUCGCGCUGGUUAUGAUCUUCCUGCUGCUACCAGAAACAAAACAGCGGACACUCGAGGAGCUGGACUACAUCUUUGCAGUACCCACUCGUGUCUUUAUGAGAUAUCAAGUCACGAAAGUGCUUCCCUGGUGGAUCAGACGAUGGAUCUUGUUCCAACGAGAAGCAAGACUGGAGCCUCUGUAUCAGUUUGACACAGUUGGCGAGCCCGAGGAUAAUCACAGCAGUGACUUCGGCUAUGAGAACGACAAGGCAAAAGUUGAGUUGAAGGAUACAAUUGGACUUACGUCAGGAGUCCAGACGACACGAUGA